AUGGAAUUGAAGAAGAAAUUAAUCAAAAAACAAGAAGACUUGCAGCAACUGAGAAUACACGCAAAGAAGUGUGUUGACGACCACAAGGAGGAUGCAGAUAGUGCGAAAUUCGCAAAAAAAGGUCCCAUUUAUAUUCCAAGGGAACCGGAGAUCCCACCACCUGCCACGCUUCCAAACAAUGUGAUAUUGCAAUCGGUUCAAUUUGAUGCAAAACACAAUGAGAGAUAUGAUAUUGGGUCUAAUGUUGAUGACAUCGAGUUGGAUCAGGACUAUGUCAUGAAUCCCGACUCGUUUACGACUGAGGAUGAAACGGAUAAAAGUAAGAGCAGGUCGAGUACAGUUAAAAGGAGCAGAAGGAGCAGAAAGAGCCUGAAGAAAAGUGCAAGUAAUGGAAAUUCAAUGCCUACAUCGACUACCGCUCCAAAGUAA